AUGUCUUUGCCUCAACGGCCGGGGAAGGCUUCCCCGCGAAGGGAAGAAACGUCAGCGUUCCGAGAACCCUCGCGCAGACGGCGGCGCGAAUCUGAUAGUCUCAGCAACAACGACCCGACUAGUCCGCGGCAUCACAGACACCACCGUUCGCAUAGCUCUCGGCAUCAUAACGAUAUCGACGAGGAGCGGGCUGAGGAUGGUGGAGUCAGGCGCAAGAGAAGUUUAAUCAAGCCGGAAAGAGGACGAAUUGACCCGAGUCACCCAAAUUACCUAUACCAUCAAAAAGCUCAGAAUAUGCCCACGUACAACUCGAUGGCGGGGACCGAGCAGUUAAUUCACGAAGACGAACCGGGCGAGACGACUAGCACACCGAGUAUGGAUUCGAAGCGGAAGGACGCCCUGUAUGGUGCGCAUGGCAAUGUCAACCAGCCUAUGGAGCGAGUUCCGACGAGACACCGAUCGAAGAAGAGGAAGGGCUCCAGGAAGCUCUCGAAACGAGAGGCGGCAGCGGAGAAGAGGAAGCAGAAGGCCAUGGAACAGGUGCGGCCUCCCAGUUUAUGGACGACGUACUGCUCGGUGAUCACGUUCUGGGCGCCCGACUUCAUCAUAAAGUGUUUUGGAAUGCCGCAAAAAGCCCAGCGGAGCGCAUGGCGGGAAAAGAUGGGUCUUAUUAGCAUCAUCCUCAUGAUCGCGGCGUUUGUCGGUUUCCUCACAUUCGGUUUCACGGCUACUGUAUGCGGAUCCCCGCCUACACGGUUGAAGAUCAACGAAAUUGGCACGGGUUACAUGAUAUUCCACGGGCAAGCAUACGACUUGACCAAGUCGACGCAUCCCGCGGCUGCGGGUAUACCGGACAUGACCAAUGUCCUCUAUGACCUACCACACAAGUAUGGAGGUCAAGAUGGAAGCUUUUUCUUCCAGGAGGUAAACGGAGCUUGCAAGGGCUUGAUUACCGUGGCCGACAAUUCCGACAUCCCAACCAACUCUAAUGGUGACCUCGCGUGGUAUUUCCCAUGCCACGCUUUCAAUCAGGACGGCUCGUCUGAGCCUAACUCGACCGUGUCUUAUUACGACGGCUGGGCUUGCCACACGUCUGGCGAUGCCCGUCGGGCGUUCUACAACUUGGAUAGCUCGGGCGACGUCUAUUUUACCUGGGAAGAUACGAAAAACACGACCAGAAGACUUGCUGUUUACUCCGGAAACGUUCUCGACCUCAACCUUUUGAAUUGGUUCGAUGAUUCCCAAGUGAAUUACCCGGCAAAGUUCAACGAGCUUCGGGAAAAUGACGACAUCCGCGGGGUUGAUCUCACAUACUACUUCCAAACCGGCGAAGACAAGCAAAUCGGCAAGUGCCUGUCCCAGAUAAUCAAGGUCGGAAGCAUCGACACCGACACGGUGGGCUGUAUUGCCUCCCAGGUCGUUCUGUACGUGUCUCUGAUCUUCAUCCUCUCUGUCGUCAUCAUCAAGUUCGCAUUUGCUCUCCUCUUUCAAUGGUUUCUUGCACCGAGGUUUGCAGCCCAAAAGACAAGCAUGGGCGCGGUCGAUUCCAAGGCUCGGAACCAACAGAUUGAGGACUGGUCGAAUGACAUCUACCGGCCUGGCCCUCGUCUUACGGAGCACACCCCGGGUGAUCGAAUGAGCAAGAGAGCUAGUUUCCUGCCCACCACCUCGCGUUUCUCCAGUCCGUACACCGUGAGCAAUGGAGGCAAACAGAGACCCCAGUGGGUAACUAUGGCUAGCCAGAAUUCUACCACUCGAUUAGUCCCUACCACCAGUGGUACCACUCCGUCUAUAUACAGGCAAAGCCACAACGGCAGCGGGAAUGUCAGCGUCGAUAACACGCGACUGAACCCGGCUGCUAGCCGAACAAGCUUGGUACCGGAUUCUCGUUAUUCGACUGCUAUACCGGACUCAGAGGGUCUUAGUUCCGCCGGUUACGUACAUGAACUUGUCGUUCCUCAGCCACCCCCUGACUGGCAGCCCUAUGGCUUCCCUCUGGCCCAUGCCAUGUGCUUGGUUACCUGUUACUCUGAGGGUGAGGAUGGAAUUCGCACGACCUUGGACUCAAUUGCGUUGACGGACUACCCGAAUAGCCAUAAAUCCAUCGUUGUCAUCUGUGAUGGUAUUAUCAAGGGUAAAGGAGAAGAGUUCUCUACUCCCGAGAUCGUCCUUCGAAUGAUGCGAGACCCUAUAAUUCCGCUGGAAGAAGUCGAAGCAUUUUCGUAUGUGGCCGUCGCUACCGGUUCAAAGCGCCAUAAUAUGGCCAAGAUCUAUGCCGGGUUUUACGACUACGGAGAGAACUCUAUCAUCCCUGUCGAGAAGCAGCAGCGUGUUCCGAUGAUGAUCAUUGUGAAAUGUGGCACGCCGGCGGAAGCAACCACGGCAAAGCCUGGAAACCGAGGAAAGAGAGACAGUCAGAUUAUUCUCAUGUCGUUCUUGCAAAAGGUUAUGUUCGAUGAGAGAAUGACUGAGCUUGAGUACGAGAUGUUCAACGGGCUCUUGCACGUAACUGGCAUACCGCCUGAUUUCUAUGAGGUUGUUCUCAUGGUAGAUGCGGAUACCAAGGUUUUCCCUGACAGUUUGACACACAUGAUCUCUGCAAUGGUCAAGGACCCCGAGGUGAUGGGUCUGUGCGGUGAGACAAAGAUUGCGAACAAGACCGAUAGUUGGGUGACUAUGAUCCAGGUUUUCGAGUACUUUGUUUCCCACCAUCAGUCAAAAGCAUUCGAGUCUGUUUUCGGUGGUGUUACCUGUCUUCCAGGCUGUUUCUCCAUGUAUCGGAUCAAAGCUCCCAAGGGCGGCCAGAACUACUGGGUGCCGGUUCUUGCAAACCCGGAUAUCGUCGAGCAUUACUCGGAGAAUGUGGUGGACACUUUGCAUAAGAAGAACUUGCUGCUUCUGGGUGAGGAUCGAUAUCUGUCGACUCUGAUGCUUCGGACGUUCCCUAAGCGCAAGCAAAUCUUCGUGCCCCAGGCGGUUUGUAAGACGGUCGUGCCCGACAAGUUCAUGGUGCUACUAUCUCAGCGACGUCGCUGGAUCAACAGUACUGUCCACAACCUCAUGGAGCUGGUCUUGGUUCGAGACCUGUGCGGUACCUUCUGCUUCAGUAUGCAGUUCGUCAUCUUCGUGGAACUGGUCGGAACUGUCGUUCUUCCUGCCGCCAUCUCCUUUACCAUCUACGUCGUUGUUACUUCAAUUGUCAACAGGCCGGUCCAGAUCAUUCCGCUCGUUUUGCUCGCCCUUAUUCUCGGUCUUCCUGGAGUGCUCGUCGUGGUAACGGCACAUCGACUUGUCUACGUCCUGUGGAUGCUUGUCUACCUCUGCUCACUGCCCAUCUGGAACUUUGUACUGCCAACCUAUGCAUACUGGAAAUUUGACGACUUCAGCUGGGGCGAUACACGAAAGACAGCAGGUGAAAAGGACAAGGGCCACGAGGACGGAGAGGGAGAAUUCGACAGCAGCAAAAUUACGAUGAAGAGGUGGCGUGAUUUCGAAAAAGAUCGUCGAAUGAAGAUGCAGGCUGGAUGGCAGGCCCCGGUCGGGGGUCACCCGAUGCCGUACGAGCCAUAUCCGGAAUAUUAG